UUAUUAGUGUGUAAAUACAGAUGUUUGUACUAUUCCUGUAAUAACUAAUCUUCAUCUUUCAUCAUGUCUAAAGGAGGAAUGCCAGACUCCUCGGCGCUGUAUGACCGGCUACAGAGAAUGAGGAUAAGAGGCGGAGAUACGCCCUCUUCUCCUGUUAUACAACGAGUAUCCUCCGCGCCCGCCGAGCAGCGGCGCAUGCGGCAGCGCCCGCAAUCCCUCAUCCAAUCGCCGACAAGUGGCGAAGGGACGGCGGUCGAGCGGCGGCCCCGUCCCCAGAGUUUAAUUAUGACAUCCCGCAGAUCUGAAGGCAGCGGUGGGCGCACGCGACCGGGUAUGGGACUAAACCUGGGAAGCAGGGGUGGCCAGUUGCUGGAUGUUAGACGACCUCCUCCUAACCUACCGCUCCUUCAUCAAAACAACAACUCCGCUUUGUCCACUAACGGGAAUUCAACUAAUAGGAACUCGAGUAACUUGUUUGAUUUUGAGACCUUUAACCCCGAGUUACGAAUAGACGGACAAACCUAUACCGUGUCUGGAGUGGACUUCGAGAACUUGUCCCAUUUGGGAGAGGGAGCAUGUGGCAACGUUCAGUUGAUGAAACACACUCCAACUGGUGUACGAAUGGCUGUAAAGCGAAUGAGAAGAACUCAGGACAUGCGAGAACAAAUGCGGAUAUUUACUGACCUCAACAUCGUGAUAAAACAACACCAGUGUCCCCACAUUAUCAACUCUUACGGCGCCUACAUCACCGAACAAGACGUUUGUAUAUGUAUGGAACCAAUGGACACGUGCCUUGACAAACUACAGAAGAAAAUGAAGCAAAUGAACCAUAUCGGAGGUGUCCCAGAGAAAGUUCUGGGUAAAAUAACUGUGGGCGUGGUCCAAGGACUCGAUUACUUGAAACGACAGUAUUCCGUCAUACACCGAGAUGUGAAACCCAGCAAUAUCCUAAUAGAUAGAAACGGCCAGGUUAAGAUCUGCGAUUUUGGGAUAGCAGGGAAACCUGGUGGACAGCAGAGUGUGGACACGUGAUCAGGGUUGCCCCGCUUACAUGUCCCCUGAGAGAAUAGACCCACCUGACCAGGAUAGUCCUAGUUACGAUAUUAGGGCUGAUGUGUGGUCUUUAGGGAUCUCCCUGAUCGAGCUGGCCAAUUGUAAGUACCCGUACAACAAUACUGCUGUUCAGUUUUCUCUCAUGACUGAGAUUAUCAACUCGCCACCCCCGACCUUGGACCCUAGUCUGGGAUUUUCAGAUGAGUUUGUAGACUUUAUCGGUAUUUGCCUCAUCAAGGAUGUCUAUCUUAGACCGAAAUAUGAGCGUCUUUUGCAACAUCCGUUAAUCAAGACGUACGAAAAGGUGGAUAAAAAGGUGGUGGCUGAUUGGUAUUCAUCAAACUUUUUAGACAACGAGGACUGAACGAAAAGUUGUUUUAUUAACGGUUUGUGAACAGCGUAGAUGCGACUAUUUUGUUUAUAGGCAGUGUAGAUGCAUUCUUUUUGUUUAUAUUUCACUACCAUUAUGUAUAUAAAACACCAAAUGUAGGUAAAUUCCCGGAUUUAUCCAAAUACUUCGUCUUAUCUUCCUUAAACGGAUCUUUUCUUUGAAAAUAGGAAUUGAAUUGUACCUGUUGUGCAUAUAAAUGCAUUGAUUUGCUUUAAAUUUAGGUUAAAUUUCGUUGUUAAGGUCAAUUUUAAGUCUGCUUUGGGUCGGACUAAUGAAUGUAAAUCGUUUCAUAAAAAGAAUAUGUUUACAAAUUUGAGUAAUGAAUCAUGAUUCACUUUCAAUCAACUGU